AUGAGUGAUGUGAGUGAGAGCAUUUGCUGCAAUGAGAAGUACAUGACCUGUUCAACAAGAAGUGAAACUUUUUGUUUUCACUCAGUUGAAUUUCAUGCGUCGAGAGUAUUGGUGUCGUGCAGCGACUUAGACCUCAUUUUCCCAUUGGGGUCGUCGCUUUUACUCACAAUUUUCCGCCAUGCGAGCAAAAUUUUACUUCUCACGUCUCGGGGGGCGGUGGUUGGGGGAGGGGCAAUUACUGAUGAUGAGUGUGGUUAUAAAGGGGGCGACAACUACGCCUAUUUGGUGGUAGACGAUAAGUCCAAAGACGCAGUCAUUAUCGACCCGGCCAAUCCCCCCGAAGUCCUCCCCGUCCUCGAAGAAGCUAUCGCGAACAAAGAGAUUAACCUCACUGCUAUCGUCAAUACCCACCACCACCGUGACCACGCCGGAGGCAACGAAGCCCUCCUCUCGAAGCUCCCCUCCAAACUCCCUAUUAUCGGCGGCCGGGACUGCGCCCACGUCACCAAGACCCCGGCCCAUAACGAGACUUUUACCAUUGGGGAGAACAUCAAAGUCAAGGCCUUGCACACGCCGUGCCACACCCAGGAUAGCAUCUGUUACUUGAUGGAGGACAAGGAGACGGGGGACAAGGUGAUUUUCACGGGGGACACGCUCUUCAUCGGGGGUUGCGGGAGGUUUUUUGAGGGGACGGGGGAGGAGAUGCAUGAGGCGUUGAAUGUGGUUUUGGCGGGGGUGGGGGAUGAUGUUAGGGUUUAUCCCGGACAUGAGUACACCAAGUCGAAUGUUAAAUUCGGGGUGUCGGUUCUCCAGAGCGAGGCUGUGAGGGCGCUGGAGGCGUUUGCGGAUGAUUGCAAGGAGACGCAGGGGAAGUUUACGAUUGGGGAUGAGAAGCAACACAACGUCUUUAUGAGACCGCAAGACCCCGCCAUCCAAAAGGCAACUGGGGAGACGGACCCGAUUGCUAUCAUGACGAAGCUCAGGGAGAUGAAGAAUAACUUCAAGUGA